UUAAUUGUAUGGUCUCUACAUAAUUCAUAUUGCUUACUAAGUAUUAUCAUCAUGGAUCAUAAUGAUUGUGAUCAUGCACAGUGCACAACACAAAAUGCCAAUUUAUCAGUAUGUCAGACUGUCUCCGAAAUGGAUUGGGAAAGGGGUUUAUGGCAUGCAGCUUACUAUGGGGACAAGGAAAGGGUAAAAUACCUAAUUGAAAAAUCAAGGGAUCCAAAAGAAGCAGUCAAUGCAGCAGAUAAUGCUGGUUACACUCCUCUGCACUAUGCAGCCAGGAAAGGACAUGUUGACAUCUGCAGAAUUUUGCUAUCAAAUGGAGCUGUAAUUGAUGCUCAGACAAAAUCUGGAAAUGCUACUGCUUUGCAUAAAGCUUCUGCUUCUGGCAAGUUGGAUGUUGUCAAGUUUCUUAUACAGGCUGGAGCUUGUGUAAAUAUACAAGAUAUUGAUGGUCAAACAAUACUCCACAAGGCGAUGGCAAACAAUAAUAGGGAAUUGGCAAAUUUUCUUCUGACUACUUACCCCAAUCUGCGUGCUAUGAAAGACAAAAAGGGAAAAUGUGCAUCUGGAUUGUAUGUUUAAAAUACAUGUUGAAUAAGUGUCGCAUGACAUGCUUGUUAUCAUAUUGCACAUAUUAUUAUGUUUAUAGUGUUUAAUACCUUUGGAUUUUUUAUGUCAAUAAUUAUGUGCAAUAAUUUCCAAUAUUUUUUAUAGCUUAUUAAAUGUUAUUGUUGCUUUUAUAAAUAUUUUAAUAAAAUAUAGAAUAUUAACAUUCCUUAAGAGUUAGUGAUAUGUUUAUAUCUUUAUAAAGAAAGUGCCGAUUUUUUCUUUUGAUGUUUAUCAUAAAUUGGCCUAGAUGAUAUAUGAUUUUAAAAGUAAACAGAUAUUUCUUAUAUGAUCUGCCUUUAUACUAGGUCUAUGUAGAUUCCUUUUCAUUAACUUUGUCCAGAUAAGCAUUUUAUGGUCAUGUAUAAGUAGUAUAUAAUAUGUUUUCUCUACUGCACAUGAAGUUUAUUUCUAAGGCUCCAAAAUAUAAAAGAAAUAAUUUGCAUUCUUUAAGAACUGACCCUAAAUUUGGUUUAAGUGAGGCAAGAGAAAUUACUUUUAUCAUGCUUUACUUAUAACAGUAAAAAAAAGUACUUUUUACGUAUACGUGAAAGAAAAAUAUUCAUAUCACCUUUUUUAUGCAAAUAUAUAAAUUCCUUGCAUUAGAUUCAUGCACCUUAGCACAACAACCAUGAAUUUAUCGUACACUACACUGUAGCAGCAGCAUAUCCUAUUUAAUGUACCAAAAUGAAAAAUAGCAAAGUUCUUUAUAAAUAUAACCUUAAUAGUCCAGUUUUUAGUUUGAAUUAAUGGAUACUAAUGUUAAAAUAUUGGCAACAUUGACCGGCAGGUCAUGUUUUAAUUUUUUUUGUAAAAUAUGUGUAACAGUGGUUGCAAAAGGACAACUAUAUUUAUUUAUAACACGAAUAAGCCCAUGCCCAAGCCCAAUUUUGAUGUGGUGAAAAUUUUAGUAAACAUCUUGUUCAUUCAUAUAAGGAACCUAAUGCCAAAUUUCGAAUCUAUGAACCCAGCAGUAGGAUUUGGGCAUUGACAUGCAAGUUAGUCAAUCAAUUUCCUCUCUGAAAUAGAAGGUGAAUGUUUGUAAUAGUAUACAAAUAUCGUGUAAUAUAUCCUUAGUCCAUAAGUGCACCAUUACAUAUUUUUUAUAUAAAAAUAAUAGUGAAUGUUACAUGUUUUACCUGAAAAAAAUCAAAUUUAAUAGCAUAUUUUCAGUAAAUGUCAAAUCUUACUAACUUGAUGUACCUACUCUCUAAGACGUACUCGUAUUAAGUAUUGAUGUAAAGAGCAAAGUUUUAGCUCAAGUUAAUCUAUUCUUAGAAAUUAAAAUGUACUGUGUAAUUUUUAUCUACUGUGGAGUUAUUCACAAGAGUUUUUUGAUGUAUCACUAGUAUUGGUGUCGUAACCAAGAUCAUAUUUUAUAUCUUUCACUUGGAACACAUUCGUAAGUGUUUUUAUUUAAUAAAAAAAUAAAUAUUUUAACGAUAA